AUGGGCAGCGGUGGCUUUGGGAAUCUCCAGCGGAGGGCGGAGGCGGGGUACCCCCCUUGGGAAACUCCUCGAGCGGACGGGGACGAGGCCGUCAAGGCCUGGAAGUGGGGCAAGGGCCUGGGACCAAACCGGGUCUGGACGAGUACUACCAGCGGGAUAUGGCCGACUAGGCCUACUCCCAACAUUAAUUUGCCGAGCCCGAUUACCGACAGCGUGGACCCGGACAUCGACCACCACACUUGGUAUUUAGAGCUAAACGGAUGGUCAUAG